AUGCCUGCGCACGUGACCGCGCGCCGUCUUCCCCGCGUUGUCCGCUCGUUCGACAAUACCCGCAGCGAGACUAUCCAGUUUCACACGCCGCUUACGUUGAUUGUUGGGUAUAAUGGAUCGGGAAAGACGACGAUUAUUGAAUGUCUCAAGUAUGCGACUACCGGUGAUCUUCCGCCGAAUAGCAAGGGUGGUGCAUUCAUCCAUGAUCCGAAGUUGUGCGGCGAAAAGGAGGUGCUGGCGCAGGUCAAGCUGUCCUUCAAAGCGACCUCGGGCGCCAAGAUGGUGGCGACGCGGAGUCUCCAGCUGACGGUGAAGAAGACGACGCGGCAGCAGAAGACGCUGGAGGGCCAGCUCCUGAUGGUCAAGGACGGCGAGCGGACGGCCAUCUCGUCGCGGGUGGCCGAGCUGGACCAGAUCCUGCCGCAGUACCUGGGCGUGUCGAGGGCGAUCCUCGACUCGGUCAUCUUCUGCCACCAGGACGAGAGCCUGUGGCCCAUGAGCGAGCCGUCGGUGCUCAAGAAGAAGUUCGACGAGAUCUUCGAGGCGAUGAAGUACACCAAGGCGAUCGACAACAUCAAGCAGCUCCGCAAGAAGCAGAACGAGGAGCUGGCCAAGUACAAGAUCAUGGAGCAGCACGCCAAGGAGGACAAGGAGAAGGCCGACCGCGCCGAGAAGCGCUCCAUCAAGCUGCAGGACGAGAUCGAGGCCCUGCGCGCCGAGACCCAGCAGCUCUCCCAGGAGAUGCGCCGCGUCGCCGACCUGGCGGACAAGGCCUGGAAGGAGUCCGAGAGCUACUCCCAGAUCCUGGGCGCGCUGGAGGGCAAGCGCAUCGAGGCGAAGAGAAUUUCCCAACUGUCCGAUAGCGUACAUCAGCUGGAAAUCGCAAACGAGGAGAUAGAAGCCUAUAACGAGCGAGGAGGUCCCACUCAGCUCGAGCGAAGCAAACGAGAACUCCAGGCCAUCGAGAACGAGAUCGGCGAGCUUGAAUCCGAACAGGCCACGAUCACGAAAGAGAUCAACCGGAUCUCAGCCCAGCUCAAAGACAGCGAAAACACCAAGCGCCAAUACGCCGACAACCUGACGUACCGCCAGGCGACCCGGGCCCUGGACAAGGUCAAUGUGGAGAUCGAGCAACUCGCCGCGCAGAACGCCGAGGUCGACCGCAGCCGCUUCAAGGAGGAAUCGGAGCGCCGCACGCGCGAGCACAACGCCCUGGCCGCCAAGCAAGCGAGCAAGAUGGGCGAGAUGAAGUCCAAGGACGACCAGCUGUUGCAGCUGCUCGCCGACUGGGACACGGACUACAAGAACGCGGCGAGCAAGUACAAGGAGGCGCACAUCAAGGUGGAGACGACGCGCGCGGCGGUCGACGACCUGGCGCGCUACGGCGGCGCCCUCGACAAGGCCAUCAUGAAGUACCACGGCCUGAAGAUGGAGGAGAUCAACGCCAUCGUCGGCGAGCUCUGGCAGAAGACCUACCGCGGCACGGACGUCGACACCAUCCUCAUCCGCUCCGACAACGAGAACGCCAAGGGCAACCGCUCGUACAACUACCGCGUCUGCAUGGUCAAGCAGGGCGCCGAGAUGGACAUGCGCGGCCGCUGCAGCGCCGGCCAGAAGGUGCUGGCCAGCAUCAUCAUCCGCCUCGCCCUGGCCGAGUGCUUCGGCGUCAACUGUGGCCUCAUCGCCCUCGACGAGCCCACCACCAACCUCGACCGCGACAACAUCCGCUCGCUGGCCGAGUCCCUCCACGACAUCAUCCGCACGCGCCAGCAGCAGGCCAACUUCCAGCUGAUCGUCAUCACCCACGACGAAGAGUUCCUGCGUCACAUGCAGUGCGGCGAUUUCAGCGAUUACUAUUACCGGGUUUCGCGGAACGAGCGCCAGAAGUCCAUCAUUGAGCGCCAGUCGAUCGCUGAGGUAUGCUGCAAUGCCCAUCCAUGCAGAAAGCAUAUGCCGGCGUUUUAG